CAGGGAACAACCUAUCGCGAAACGCCGCUGUAAAUAAAUAGAACAAUCACUGAAGCCACAGAAUCAUGGAGAAUCAGUGCACAGUGCAGGUGAAGCUGGAGCUAGGACACCGAGCCCAGUUGAGGAAGAAGGUGACCUCGGAGGGCUUUACCCACGACUGGAUGGUGUUUGUGCGAGGGCCUGAGACUGGGGACAUACAGCACUUUGUGGAGAAGGUUGUCUUCCGGCUCCAUGAGAGCUUCCCCAAACCCAAGAGAGUAUGCAAGGAGCCACCAUACAAAGUGGAGGAGUCGGGCUACGCUGGGUUCCUCAUGCCUAUCGAGGUCUACUUCAAGAACAAGGAGGAGCCUAAGAAGGUGUGUUUCAACUAUGACCUCUUCCUGAACCUGGAGGGGAACCCCCCUGUCAAUCACCUGCGCUGUGAGAAACUCACCUUUAACAACCCCACACGGGAGUUCAGACGCAAGCUGGUCAAGGCUGGAGGGGUCAUGGUGGUGCCGGAAGGGACAGAGGCGGUGUCGAGGCCUAGUCCAGACUACCCCAUGCUCCCCACCAUCCCACUGUCUGCCUUCUCAGACCCCAAGAAGACCAAGACCUCCCACGGGUCAAAGGAGCCCAGUAAAGAGGGCAGUGGAGGUAGCAGUAAAGGGCCCAAGCCCCACAAGCUGACCAAGGAGCACCGCGAACGCCCCCGCAAAGACUCUGAGAGCAAGGCUGCGUCAAAGGGUGACAGUGACCGCGACGGGGGAGGAGGGGGCAGCAGCAAGAGUGCCCGUGAGCCCUCAUCCUCCUCUUCCAAGAAGCCAGCGGAGAUCAAAGUGAAAGACGAGGGCAAGGUCCUUCCCAAGGCCGCCUUCAAAGAGCCCAAACUCACACUGAAGGAGGCCAAGAUAGAGGGCAUGUCCCCCAAAGGAGGGGGGACUGGGGGAGGGGGCCCACUGGAGCCCAAAGCCCCUGGGAAGCGGCCUUCCACCGCGGAGUCUCCCAAACCCAGUGCCAAGAAGCCAAAGAAGGGCAGAUCAGAGGGAUCUAAGGGGGCAGCUGCAGUGCCCUUCACUGGAGCCUCUCCCCGGGUCUCGUCAUCAUCUUCAGUCAUCCCAGGCUACCCAGAGAAGAAACCCCCCAAGGAGAAAGGCCGCUGGCCCAAGAGCAGCAAGGCCGACACUCAGGAGGCCAAGGAGCCCAAGAAACUGCCUGAGUCUGACGACUCCAACUCUGAGGAUGAAGCCUCCUCCAAAUCAGAGCAGUCAGUCCCCUCCAGUCCCUCUAACUCCAGCUCCAGCUCUGACUCCAGCUCAGAGUCUGAUUUUGAGCCUGGACAGAAACAAGGCCAAGGCCCGCUGCGCUCUAUGGUGGAGGACCUACAGUCAGAGGGGUCAGAUGAUGAUGACAGCAGCUCAGAGGAAGGGACGCCUGUCAAGACCAACCCGCCCAACCGUGACUCUCGACUGAGCCUGGACAGCGAGAGUGACAGCAGUGAAAGCUCGCACCGCCCCAGUCGAGACCCGGCGCCGCCUCCACAGAAACACAGCUCCUCCAAUAACAAGGUCUUGGGCAGGAAGAGCCCAGACAUCUGCAGCCGCCCAGAGAAGGUGCUGAAGAAGGGAUACGACAAGGUAGGAAGGGCCUACACAGAGGAGUUGGUGGACCUCCACCGCAGACUAAUGGCUCUGAGGGAGCGCAACGUCCUACAGCAGAUAGUGAAUCUGAUCGAGGAGACGGGCCACUUCAACGUGACCAACACCACCUUUGACUUUGACCUGUUCUCUCUGGACGAGUUGACCGUCCGCAAACUACAGAGCUGCCUGGAGACCACGGCCACGUGACAGGAAGCCUGCAGCGCAGAGGACCGCGGCGGGGCCGGUGCUGGGCUGCUGUCUCUCCUCAGCCCCUGGACCCCCACUGGGGAGGUGGAGCUGUAGCAGAGCUACAGAGAGAAACCACAGAAUAACAAUAGAACACACACUUUCACUAUUUGCUGGAGAAUGGAGGAACAGGACGAGGGAGGAGAGAGGAUGAGGUCAGAGCAGCUAUGCCACUGUCCCGCUAACCUGAACUGGACUGGAGGACCAGACUAGAGGAGCUGGCCUGGGACUGGCAAGAGAUGUAUUAUAUAUGUUUGUUAUGGAGAGCAGCAGAGCAGCCUGUGUGCAGAACUGUGGAAUGCGACCACUCUCCUCCCCCUCUCGCCUCACUUCUAGCCAUUGCAAACCCAAUACUUCCCUCCUCCUCUCCUUCCUCCCCACUCACACACUCUUACCCGGCACAACACUCCUCCCCUCCCCCUCAUCUCUGCUGGAGUUAAUUUCUCUGUAGGAAUAUUCCUGUCUAUGCAUGCAUUCGUGUGUGUGUCUGUGUGAGCAUUUCAGAGGCUUUAGGGGGGAUGUCUUUGGUUAGUCACUUUUUCAGUGUUCUUUAAGCUAGCUUGAGCACAAGCAACAGCCCUUACACACACACUCACAGUGAGAGGCAUUUGGGUCCCAUGCCAGGGUGUCUCUACACACGCAGGCACUAAGUUGUGGAGGAUCACUUCUGAAUGGCCUUUUUAAGUGGUGGGGGGUAAAAAGCCGUAGCCAUAGACCCCCCCCCAAAAAGGGUCCACCCUUUUUUACAUUUUAUUAUUGUACUGAUAAGUUUGGAAUAUUUUGGGGAUUGCGAUUCAGAUACCUGUGAGCUAUGAAUGUAUUACUGUUCAUUUUCUAGGGCUAGCAACAAACCUAUUAUCCUCUCAGUGCCUUUAUGCGUUGGCCAGUGUGAGGGCCCACUGACACUGGUUAAAGAGCAAGUCCCUCUCCUGACUAAGUGUUACUUGGGAAGCCUGAAAGUCCAUUUGUCAUAAGUGCCCUCUCUUAAAAUCAGUUGAUGCUCCCAGUGGGGUUUCUCUGCUUCUUCCAGUGAUCUCUGCUAUUAUUAGGAACACAAGCCUUCCAGAAAUCCUAAGACUCAUCUGUUCAUCAGCGGUGGUACUUUGCCUUGUUUCUUUCCAGAUCCUAAUAUGAAUGGUUGUAUAGCUGAUAUUGUGUUGUGUCUGAGGUUUAGUUUUCUAUGGAUAGGGUCAGUGCCAGACCAGGCCUCAGUCAGCCAGUCAGUCAGCCUGCUAGACAUGUUUCUCUUACUGGGGCCCCUCUAGCCUUCACGUCCACUGUGGUUUCACACUCCGACUAACGGUAAAGUUUUCUCUUCGGGUGCUCCCCCUCACUGUCUUUCUGUUUCACCUAGUGAACAGCUGUAUUUAUUUUGAUGAUAAUAGCUUUAAUAGUUGUGUCCGUUCUGUUGCCUGGGCCUGCAAAGUGCACAUACAGCUCUCUGGCCCUUCUUCUCCUCUGUGAGGGUGCUGUGGUGUUGAGGUCUGAAUGUGUGGAUCUGUUCUAGAGUGAAACAACAACCGCCUUAAGUUCCUCUCUGCAUCCACUCUGCUCUGUCCACCACCCCUUUAUUUGUCUGGCUGUGCCUAUGUCAACAUCCCUGCCAGGGAUUUUUAAAAGAUGUACUUUGCAACUGUGUGAGUGGGAUGGGUUGUGAGUGUCAAGCGAGAGGAACGUUCUUGUCCUCGUG